AUGGAGCCCACAAACAACUCCUCCCGGACCCGAGAGUUUUCUGCACCAGAGAGCGAGCAGGGUCAAGCAGGACGAAAGAGUUUCUCUACCAGCUCUGUGGCGAGUAGGCCUACCACCCCUGCUGCUAGUGUACCUGUUGGAUACGAGCGCACUUGGAGCCAUUUUAAACGAUCUUUUUGUCGUGGUUUCUACGUUCCUGCGCCUAUUAGGCUUAUAGAUACCGUAUACUGUUUCUAUUUAGUAGUUUCUGAAUGCAUCACGGCUCUCCUAUCCGGUAGAGGAAGCUUGCACGAUCUGUGUGAUAGAACCUUAACAGCUAUUUGUUCCGCUGCUGCCAGUUCUCAGUUGGAUGUCUAUAUGGUUUUUAACCCAUGUGUCAUAUGCACAGGUGAGGAGGGCCUUAUUGCUGGCUUCAUAAGCAGGCUAAGCUCCACAUUUGGUAUCCCCUUGGGAAGUUUGCAAAGCCGCCCAGAGAUUCAGACCUCUGGAGAGGAAGUGGUGGCGGACCCCUCAAUGCAGCCGCGGACGGAUCAAGCUCCAAGAGACUACGGCUCUGGUUUGCCGGGAUACCCAAAGCAUAGCUGUGCAUACUUUGAUAGCACAUUUGGACGCUCCAAGGAUGCCCCCGAGUUCGUGAGCCUGUUCAAACUUCUAGAUGUGCAUGAUGACAGACUGAUAGGCCCCAGGCUUUCUGGCUUCCCGAAAUGCAAGCUUAAUUUUCCCCCUCUACCUGCGGACAAGCUUGGCACUCCAACGUACGACUACCGCGAUCUCAUAGGAUACCGUAUGGACUUCCACCCAUACGUGAACGCUACAAUGAACCCCGAAGACCCUGCACGCAUGUAUGUGUGCGCAAACUGGAUGGUUGGGUACCCAUAUGGAGUCCCAGCAGUCGAAGAGAAUGAAAGAGCACAAUUGAAAAUGGCAUAG